AUGAACGGCGCCGUCGUCAAAAAGACACAAAGCUCGCUCGGAAAGGUGAUAAAAAAGCCGAUAUUAACCGAGCGGCUGCUCAGCAAGCCGCCGUUUCGAUACCUGCACGACAUCUUUGCUGAGAUCAUCAGGACCACCGGUUUCAUGAAAGGAUUGUACAAAGAGAAUGAAUUGAGGUCAGAGUGUGUAAAAGACAAAGAAAUGAAGAUGGCAUUCCUUCAGAAAGCAAUAGAUGUGGUGGCACUGGUUAUGGGAGAGCCUCUCGCUGUGAAACCGGCACACAUAGUCGCUGGUCAUGAGCCUGAGAGGACCAACGAGCUGCUGCAGGCUAUUGCUAAGUGCUGCAUCAACAAGAUGUCAAGCAAGGAUGCCGUGAAGAGAGUUCUUGCAGGAGAAAGGUUGGACGCGAUGGCCAGAGACAACACAGUCAAGGAGAAUGUGGAGAGAUGCGAACAGGACAGAGAGGAGAAGAAGAAAAGUGAGCCCGGUGAGUGCAAGGAAGAGAAGGACCCGGAACAACAGCUCAGGGAGCAGGAAAGGCAACGUCGAGAUGCUGAGAGAGAGCACCGUCACGACCGGGAGCGUUCCGGCAAGAACCGACGUCGCGAACAUGACCACACCAAAAACUGCGAACCAGACCCGGGCUGUGACCGGCAGCAAGACCCAGAUAAAGACUACGGUCACGGCAAAGCCAAGGGCAGAGAAAAGGAGCAGGCGAAAGAUCAAGAAAGAGAAAGCAUCAAAGCUAAAGACAAUGAAAGAGAAAAGGUUCCAAUCCCCGCCAGUGAGAGGCCCAAGCGCUCUUCCUCGCAGACGGCUAGUCCAGCAAGUCUGCCUCAGGCCUCAUUUGCCGAUGACCAAAAGAAUAAAACUAUUGGAGAUGUCCGCAGGAUGUUUACUCUUGACUCUUCUCUCACAGAUGCUCAUGCUGCACAGAGACCCCUCCUCAAGGAAAGUGGAGAUACUGUUGGCUGCAUAUGUCCAUCGGAAAUGGUGCCGAGUGACAAGCAAACGCCGAGGCCCAGCAGUGCUCGUCCUGCGCCCCCUCCAGUCAAGAAGCAGGAGAGUUACACUGAGUGUGUCCCACCUGACAGGCUUCCUAGCGCCAAGUCAUCAGUCAUCAGAGAUGGAAAGAAGCUGUCGGAUGAUGAUGAAGAUGAAGAUGAGCAGUUUCUAGUGACAGAGGCACCCCCGGAACCUGCAGAGGCUACCGAGAAGGUGUUGGAACCAGCACUUAAUGGCGAAGAGAAACACGGCGGACUCGUGAAAAAGAUUCUGGAGACCAAAAAAGACUACGAGUUGUCCCCGUCCUCCAUUACAUCUAAAGAGAAGUUGGUUUCAGAAGAAGCCUGGAAGAAGGAGCAGGACCUGGUCAUGCGGGAGAUAGAGCGUCUCCGCGCGUCCAUCCAGUCGGUGUGUCAGAGUGCGCUGCCUUUGGGUAAGAUCAUGGACUAUGUCCAGGAGGAUAUAGAUGCCAUGCAAGCAGAACUGCAAAGCUGGCGGAAGGAGAACAAGGAACAUGCACAGGCUCUGCAGCAGGAACAGAGAGCGACAGACCAGGCGGUGGAACCUCUUAAAACAGAACUUGGUGAGCUGGAGCAAAAGAUCAAAGAUUACCAGGAUCAGAUUUGUGCCGUGAGGUCCAACAUACUGAUCAAUGAGGAGAAGAUCCAGAAGAAGCUGGCUGCAAUUAUCUCCUCCAAAACCUGAACAGGCCACAAGGAGUACGCACACAUUGAACAUGCACGGGAAAUGAACGGUGGCUGUAUAUCCCACACAUAUUUAAUGAACAGCUGCUCAAAGUAAUGAAUUCCUUUUUAUCGUCCAACAUUUUUUUAAUUCUGUUUUUGUUCAAAUGAGUUAACCGAUUUUAUAUUUACUGCAUGCAGGUUGGAAAUACGACUACUGUAAGUUAGACUGAGACUUAUUGAUUCCCAUGGGAAAUUAGUUCAUGUAAUUGCCAGGCAGUUUACAACGUAACAAUGUGUUCACAAUGUUCUUGUGUUUAAAAUAAAACACUAACAAAAAACUACGUAGUAGUAAAUGAAAAGCAUUGCCUUAUAGCAGUGAUUCUCAGGAGAAAAUAUUUUGCACCGCCAACGCGAAUAUAAAUGUAUUCAC